AUGAUGGAGGUGAGCAUUCUAAGGGCAGUUGUGUUGGUUUUAGCUUUGGGAAUGCUAACUGGGCGAUCUUGUGCCUCUUUCAAAGAUUGCUACACCAAAUGCUUUAUAUUUUGUAUGAUUGAACCUUCUGAAACCCUGUGUACCUGCACUACACACUGCUUGAAACAAUGCAUAUUCUCAGACACCCCACAAGGUGUUCAUGAAGACGAGGAUAAUCUUGGAUUUUGCAAACUUGGCUGUGCCUUCUCCUUGUGCUCCACUAUUAGUAGUAAACAAAAGCCAAAUGGAGAAAAGGUUGAUAACUGUGUGGGAUCGUGCUCAACAAAGUGCACAAAGAGCUACUCAUUACCUUGA